UCCGGCGGCGGGGCUCGGAGCGCGCGCAUUUGGUUGGUGGGGGGGAAGCCGGCGCCCUGGCGCCGACCGCCUGCCUCAGCGCGCCCUCCCCCACUACCCGCGGCCUAGCUGGGUAGCCGCGGGCGACCAGGCUUGUUUCCUUCUAGGUGGGUGUAAGGUGCACCUUGGCUGGUCUUGGCCUGAAACCAGCGGAAGCGCGCGCCAGGAAGCUGUUGUCAGCGGGGGAGAAUGGGGCCUGGACCUGGAGAUAUGAGGGUCUGCAGAGAGGGGCCCCUUUCCUGGUGUCGUGUGGUGCGACCACUGGACAGGGCGUUUCUCGCCCUCGUCGCGCCUGCCGCGCGGAGAGAUGAGAAAGAGGAAAAACCAGGAGGGAGGAGAAGGCAGGAUCUGAAGAGCCCUGGGAAUUUACUUCAGGAAGAUGCGGUUCCCCACUGCAGCAUUCUGCCAGGAGGUGGCACUGCUCUGAAGAGCCAGCUGGUGGCUUACAGCCUGAGGUUGACAGCUUGAAACCAAAGAGGGAACUCCACCACGAAGCAACAUUCCUCCACUGGGCUUCCCAGCCCAGUUACAUGCCAUACUCUGCCCUGGUCAAACAGCCAAGUCUUCAGGAGGUUGCUAGCCCUAGGCGUCUCCCCAGUGACUGAUGAUGUUAAACCCUACACUUCUCUGAUUGGUUUAGACAAAAUGACAAGGGUAGCUAUUGGAAAUUAUCUGGCAAAACAUGAUCUAAGUCCACCCUCUGGGGGAGGGAGUUGGGGAAGUGCAAGGGUUGGCUGGGUUGGUAGCUCCUACCUACUGUGUGGUGAGAAGGUAUGGGUCAUGAACAGAACCAAGGAGCUGCGCUGCUACAGAUGCUACCACUUCUGUGGCUGCUACCCCACUCCUGGGCCGUCCCGGAAGCUCCUACUCCAGUGUGGCGAGAUGACCUGCAAAACCACACGUUCCUACACACAGUGUACUGCCAGGAUGGGAGUCCCAGUAUGGGACUCUCUGAAGCCUACGACGAGGACCAGCUUUUCUUCUUCGACUUUUCCCAGAACACUCGGGUGCCUCGCCUGCCUGAAUUUGCUGAUUGGGCUCAGGAGCAGGGAGAUGCUCCUGCCAUUUUAUUUGACAAAGCAUUCUGCGAGAUGAUGAUCCAGCAAAUAGGGCCACAACUUGAUGGGAAAAUCCCGGUGUCCAGAGGGUUUCCUAUCGCUGAGGUGUUCACGCUGAAGCCCCUGGAGUUUGGCAAACCCAACACGUUGGUCUGUUUUGUCAGUAAUCUCUUCCCACCCAUGCUGACAGUGAACUGGCAGCAUCAUUCCGUCCCUGUGGAAGGAUCUGGGCCUACUUUUGUCUCAGCUGUCGAUGGACUCAGCUUCCAGGCCUUUUCUUACUUAAACAUCACACCGAAACCUUCUGACAUUUUCUCCUGCAUUGUGACUCACGAAAUUGACCGCUACACAGCAAUUGCCUAUUGGGUGCCGCAGAACGCACUACCCUCAGAUCUGCUGGAGAAUGUGCUGUGUGGCGUGGCCUUUGGUCUAGGUGUGCUGGGCAUCAUCGUGGGCAUUGUUCUCAUCAUCUACUUCCGGAAGCCUUGCUCAGGUGACUGAUUCUUCCAGACCAGAGUUUGAUGCCAACAGCUUCGGCCAUCCACACAGAGGAUGCUCAGGUUUCUCAGGAUCUCUUCUUCUCAGGGUAGAAGAAGUCUCUGGGACAUCCCUGGGGUGUGUGUGUGUAGAUUUCCCACCUGGGGACUCUGCUAUCUCUGGGCUUGCAUCCCAGGGAUCCCAGAGUGGCCUGCCUAUCACAACCACAUCCCUUCCCUGCACAAGACAAUAAAUCAUCUCAUUUCUUUA